CCAUUGCACCGGCAAAAGACUUCAGACUUCAACUCACCCUUCUCAUCAUCUUUUUGUCUCUCUAUAUUUCAUCUGUCUCAAAAAUCUCUUCCGCAUCUUUUUCUUCUUCCGUUAAUUUUGUUCUUGAUUUGAUUUUAUGGACAAAGGAUGGGGUCUCACCCUUGAUUCUAUUGCCAUCAAUUCAUUUCUCAACAAGCGCAGCCGUGGGAUUCUGGAGUCUGGCCCCAUGUUGGACAUGCCGGUGGGUGAUGAGAGGCGGGAGGUGGAUUUCUUCGCCGAGAAGACUAGGAACGUCAGUGUGAAGAAGGAGAAUUCUCAUGUGGAUGAAGCUGCGAUCACUGAUUUGGAUGUCAAUACUGGGUUGAAUCUUCUGACUGCUAACGCGGGAAGUGAUCAGUCGACGGUGGAGGAUGAGAAUCCGGAUAGGGAGAAUAAGAGAGCCAAGAUUGAGGUGGCGCAAUUGCAAGUGGAGCUUGAACGUAUGAAUGCAGAGAACCAAAAGCUGCGAGGGAUGCUGAACCAGGUGACCAACAACUACAGCACUCUUCAGAUGCAUCUCGUCACACUUAUGCAGCAGCAGAGCCAGCAGAACCGUGGAGCCGAAAGCCUCCAAGAACAUGGGUCUGUCGGAGGAAAAUCUGAUGAGAAGAAACAUGAGGUUGCGGGAGCGGUGGUGCCCAGGCAGUUCAUCGAUCUAGGCCCAACUGCCACAGCUGACACGGAUGAGCCAUCUCAAUCUUCAUCAGAAGAAAGAACCCGGGAUCUCUCUGGAUCACCCCAGAAUCAUCAGGAAAACGGAAAAAGAGCUGGCGGGGAAGAAAGCCCAGAAUCUGAAACACAAGGUUGGGUCCAGAACAAGGCUUCCAAAUUGAGUCCUCCCAAGACUAUUGAUCAGUCCGCAGAGGCCACAAUGAGGAAAGCCCGCGUCUCGGUUCGUGCCCGAUCAGAGGCUCCCAUGAUCACUGAUGGAUGCCAAUGGCGCAAGUAUGGGCAGAAAAUGGCGAAGGGGAACCCAUGCCCGCGAGCCUACUACCGAUGUACCAUGGCAGUUGGCUGCCCAGUUCGCAAACAAGUUCAGAGGUGUGCCGAGGACAGGUCAAUAUUGAUAACUACCUAUGAAGGAACCCACAACCACCCACUCCCUCCGGCUGCAAUGGCCAUGGCAUCAACGACAUCAGCAGCUGCAAACAUGCUACUUUCAGGAUCCAUGUCGAGCGCAGAUGGACUAAUGAACCCGAAUUUCCUGGCCAGGACGAUACUCCCUUGCUCAUCUAACAUGGCGACGAUUUCAGCUUCAGCCCCAUUCCCCACAGUGACAUUGGACCUCACCCACACUCCUUCCCCAUUACAGUACCAAAGGCCAACUUCCCAGUUCCCGGUCCCCUUCGCCGCCCCGGCUCAGAGCUUCCCCUCCGCGCAAACCUCGCCUCUGCCUCAAGUUUUCAGUCAGGCCCUCUACAACCAAUCCAAAUUCUCAGGGCUGCAGCUCUCUCAGGACAUGGAAUCAGCCCACCAAGCUCCACCAACAUUGCAGCAGCCACAGCCAGCCUCAUUGGCUGACACAGUGAGCGCUGCCACAGCUGCCAUCACCGCCGACCCAAACUUCACCGCAGCUCUCGCAGCUGCCAUAACCUCGAUCAUCGGCGGUGGCGCCGCCCACCCAAACACCACCAUUAACAGCACCUCCAAUGCAACCAACUCCAGCAACACCAACAAAAUCAGCAGCUUCCCGACGGGGAAUUAAUCAGAAGUCCUGUUCAAAUUUUCCGGUGUCCAUUAAUUCACUUUUUCCCUUUCUUCUUUCUCACUCCUCGGGGGUGAGAUCGGGGUUUUACAUGUCCAUAUAUUUUUGUCUUUGUUGUGGGAGGGUUACGAGGGUUAGAGGGUUAGCACACAGUAAUCCAUUCUUUUCUUUAUUGUUUCACUUCGAAUAAUUUGAUUCAAACGUUUCGGUACAUACAAAGAACAAACAAAAAGAAAAAAGAAAAUGAUCAUCAA